CUCUCUCUCUCUCUCUCUCUCUCUCUCUCAGCUUAGCUGAAGAGUCAACAAGAGAGUAUACUGUCUGAAUGGUGUCCUUGUUAUUGUCUCCUACCUUUUUCAUGGGAUCUUUUUAAUAUUUCUUAUGGCAGUCCUCUAAUUAUGCCAUUUUACUCCUCUUUUGACUGUUCAUCAGUCUCUUUCCCCGGAUGAUUAGGAGGAGGGAAAGAACAAAAACUAGCUUUUGCCACAGAAACACAAGUGGAGAAAAAAAAAGUACUGCAAUUAGGAAUGGAGUCAAGUUUACCAACUCUGUUAGUCGUUUUUGAAGUUCACAUUAGUCGAAGUUGGCAAUUUCACGAGGAGUACUGACACAUUUCCAUGGACGCAUAUCCCCUAAAUACUUUGGUCAAGCGAGAAAGCUUGAAUGCCAUAUUUACGUGCUAUGCACGAAUAUCACCGUUCUUUUUGCCCCUAGAACCAGUCCUCCAAUUUUUCUCAAAGAGCUCAGAAACCCCUUCAAAUGCCUCCUUUCAUUUUACUAGAAUCGAAUUAUUGCGUCACAGAAAGAACUCAGCAGUUUGGCAUACACGUAGAGCCGACAUAUGAUUUGAUAUGAGUCGCUGUUUAGCUUUACCAAUCAAAGUAUGAUCGUAUGCUUUCUAGUUCCAUCAAGUAUUUACGCUGUACUUCUGCUUCUGAUCUUACCGUAAACACUUCUUAUGUCUCUUUGUCCCUCUUUUUGAGCAGAAAAUUUGUUUUAAUUAGCCUCUCAGAGAAAUCAGCAGAUGAGAAGGUUGCUGAUACAGCUGCUUCACCAAAGGUGACCCAAGAGAGCCUCACUUCGCUAUCACAACACAAGAUGCCUCGGCCGAUUGGGAAAAAUAUCAAAUGCUUACCAAGUCCAUUCAUGCAAUUCCAUUGCAGCUUAUUUAAAUUCUCAUUUCUUGUCUGCUCAUUGUAUCUGCAGCAUUUGCUUGAUGUAGAACAAAUCAUCAAAAUGGAGUACUUUCGAACCGACACAAAGAUCACUUCAUGCGUCGCACGUCAGAUAAUGUGAGAUUUGAACGGCAAUGCAUGGUCAAAGAGGUUGAUCCAAUGAGAAGGCGCCACGUGUCUGUUCAAGAAAUCCUAACUUGCCACGUGUCAUGCUCUCCCUCAUUUUUCUCCCUCAGCUAUCAAAUGGAGCUCUAUAUAAAGUGGCUGCUUAAAGUUCUGUUCAGAAGAUCACGAUCACAAUCGUAUCCAUUUAUCGAAGGAGAGUUUGAUUUUGAUUUUCACCAGAGAAAGAUGGCUUAUAGAGCAGCUGGCUAUUGGAGAUCGAUGCUGAGCCGAGCGGGAGCGAGCCACCACCGUUCGUUUGCGACGGCCACCAAACCCAAGAUGUUCGCUGCGACAGCCAAUGCCGCACAUGCCAAUCACCACCAUGAGAGGAGCUUGAUGAUGAGGGGCGAGUACGCGCCGCUCGGGAUGGUGCUCGCCAUGGUGUUGGUGGCGAUGAUGAUGGCGACACACACGGCCAAGCAGCAGCUGGUCCACUCGCCGGGAGUCAAGGUGAGCAAGAAGAAGCGAGAGACGGUGCCGGAAGUGGAGGACCCGGAUGGCGUGAUCAGCUCGGCCGACAAGUUUCUUAACAAGUCCUUCCUGAGGAAGGUGGCUCACAUCCAAGAGGACACCCGCACGAUCCCCGACCCCGUCCGUGCCAACCCUUACACCAAGCCUCGAGAGGCAGAGACACUGAAAAUGGCGGGGGUGAAUCCAGCACGCCAUUGAAGGAAAGGACCCCAUCAGGCACAUCAACCAUCCAUUUCUUCUUCUUCGGAUCCCAAUCUGAUCUUGUAUAUAGAAAGUAUCUUGUUAUCUAUCUUUAAAUUAUCUACUUAGGGUUUGAGCCCUUUGGACAAUCCCUAUGUAAGGUUGGCCAACAAUGGCUUCAAAUAUUCUUAUUUGCCAAUAAAAGCAUAGCUAAUUAUUCA